AUCUGUUUCCAGCUGCUUAUUUUUGAGAUUUCUGUUCUGGGUAUUUUUGUUAGAAAAGUCUAACAGCUCAGCUCAAGAGAGCACACAAGAAAAGAUGUUAAUUAUAUACUCUUAACAUAUUCUCUAUCGUGAAUAUGAGUGGUCAAUCUAUCUGCCAAAUCUGUGUAGAAGAUUUUCUGCCGCAGCAGAGAUGCCGCAUCAAGGCCAAUUGAGUAGCAUCGGAGAAUUCGGAACAUCCCACUUGGAGGAAUUCUCCCUACAGGUUUUGCUCCAAGCCACCAAUAAUUUUUCAGAGGAACACAAAAUUGGUACAGGCAGCUUUGACUCAGUCUACCAUUCAACGCUAGACGACGGCCGAGAAGUCGCAAUCAAGCGAGCUGAGCUGUCCGCCACUUCAUCCUACGCAGGCGGUACCAAGAGACAGGGUCAGGCGGACAAGGACCAUGCCUUCCUAAACGAGCUGGAAUCUUUGGGGCGUCUGCACCACAGGAACCUCAUCCGCCUCCUCGGAUUCUGCGAAGACUGCAAUAACCGCGUGCUUGUUUACGAGUACAUGAGUAACGGCACCCUCCAUGACCAUCUCCACAAGCUCCAUGACUCGCCAUUGAUGUCAUGGGUUGCCCGGAUCAAGGUUGCACUAGACGCAGCCAGGGGAAUUCAGUACUUACACGAGUUUGCGGUUCCCCCAAUCAUUCACCGUGAUAUAAAGUCAUCAAAUAUCCUACUUGAUGGCACAUGGACUGCCAAGGUAUCCGGUUUCGGACUAUCCUUGAUGGGUCCUAAGGAAGACGAAUCUCCCUUGUCACUUCGCGCAGCGGGCACGGUUGGCUACAUGGACCCUGAGUACUACAGGUUGCAAUUAUUAACCUCGAAGAGUGAUGUCUACAGUUUUGGGGUCGUAUUGCUAGAAUUACUGUCAGGGUAUAAGGCAAUUCACCGGAAUGAGAACGGCGUUCCAAGGAAUGUGGUAGAUUAUGUGGUGCCAUUUAUCUUUAAAGAUGAAAUUCACAGAGUAUUGGACCAGAGGGUGCCGCCACCAACACCAUUUGAAAUAGAAGCAGUGGCACAUGUAGGGUACAUUGCGGCAGAUUGUGUGACGCGAGAAGGCCGACACAGGCCUUCCAUGUCUGUCAUUGUAAAUAGCUUAGAAAGAGCAUUACUUGCCUGUGUGGUGCACAGCUAGCAGGAAACAGCACCACUAUACGCCUACAACAUAGGCUGGUGCAAAUCAAGGCCAAAUCCCUCCGAGUCAACAAAAUUGGCUACCAUCCAACCAACUCCCGACCAUUUUCUACUUCUCAAUUAAUGCCUUCUAGCCUAUAAAUAUGUUCUUCUUUCAAUUGUAAUGCGAAGUACAGUUUCAUGUUAUGAAAAUAUGAGUUAGCACUGUGAGUGUGUUUGAGAGUGGAGUCUCUCAUUUGUCUCUAUAUUUUAGGUUGUUUUGCUAGCCUAAGAGCUGUUUAGAGGCUUCUUAUCUUAGGCUUAGCCAACUUAAGUAGUGAUCUCAGCUAAAACCGCCAUAGUGAGGUUCUAAAUCUCGCAAAAAUUGGUGUAACCAUACCUGCCCUUGAGCCACUGUGUAAGAGGAGAAUCAAUUCACCCUUUACUC